AUGGGUUCUCAUCCGAAUUUAAGUUUAUCGGGACUGAUACCACAGAGGCCUAGCAUGGAAGGGGGCAAUAACCCAAGCAUUUCUGUACCACCACCUCUUCAAAGAAAUCAGAACGAGUUUGUAAGUUUAAACUCUGAUGAGUUCCGCAUUGAAAAUUUGAAACACUGUACAGACAUCCCACUGAAAAUACCGCAUGACAAAGGGGGUAACAAACUGUUAAGACAGUUUGACAACGCUGUUUGUGGGAAAGUAACCGAUGAUAACAACAUCUUGAUACUGGACAUUUCCUCUAAUGGGCCUGCAUUGCCCAGUUCAUUUGUGAUUUCGUCACUACCGUCCACACUGACCCGACUGUUGGGGUCCUCAAAGCUAGGAGACGCUUCAUUGCCUUCACCAGUCCAGCUGUUGUCUUCAGAUAUAAACAACCAUAUUCAUCGAAUACACCUCGUAUUACCCAGCACGCUUUUAAGAAGACCUAGAUUCAAAUUCGAAAACAUGCUUCUCACCACUUUGACAAAGGAAAAAAUUGAUAAUUUGAUGAAUGUUAUCGACAAAUGCAGCACAUACAUCGUCUUCGAUGAGGACAGCACGUUUGAGAAAUGUUCAAGGAGGACACAUUCAUUGCUGACUAAAUUUACAGACUACAUUUCCAGAAAGUAUCCCACAGCCCAUAAAGAAUUUAUUCUUUUGUCGCCAAGCAAAGAUGGUGAAGAACUCGGUCUAAAUGGAAAAGAUCUGAAGGACGCGACCUCAAAAGUACAAAAAUUCAACUUGACGGUAAAUAUUCCCUCAGAGGCCUCCAAGAAAAUGUUUAUCCAAUCAAUUAAAAAGGAUGCAGUGCAUUAUUCGCCAACAUCUUUGAAGAGGUAUUUUAGCUUCGAUAUACCGGAUACUCUAGAAGUUUCUGAUCGCUCUCUACCCACUUGGUUGAAACCCUUCACCGAGAGGGGGAAAGAAUUUGACAUUUUACUUCUUAUCAUGAGACAAUUUGAACUCUUGGAAACUUUGGAAAAUGAAAGACUGUCCAAAUGCCUCUCUGACGAAAAUGCGAGAAUAUCCUCGAACUCAUCAAAGAAAAGAAACGGGGGAGCUGCCUCAAGCUCAUUGGGGAAGAUAUAUUCUUUAACACAUUUGCAAAAAAGGUUCAAAAGACAACACCGUAAAUGGAAUUACAGUCAAAUAUCUUUGCAGAAACAAAUGUCGUCUGCGUCUAUCUCGAAUUCUGGGAAUCCUUCAAAGGGGAAGGAAGGCGAGAAAACACAAAACUCAAGCUCCAAAUUAAAACUCCAACCUUUGAUAGUAUCAAGUGAUGACAAUUCUAAUUGUCAAGAAGGUUCACCUUGCACGGAUAAUAGCGCAACGAGCGAACCACUACUGACACCACUGGACAACUACGAGGUCUCACAAGGGAUCUGUUCUUUCAAUAAAAACAGAUACUCAAAUAUCCUACCUUACGAGCACUCUAGGGUCAAAUUGCAUAAGUCGCCUAUGGACUUAAUGAACGAGGACGGACCGGGAUACAACAGUGAUACCUCCUCCAAAAAAUCUAGCGAUGGGGAUUCCCAGACAACGUUUAAUUUCAAAAGAAGAAGAAACUCUUCUUGCACAUCGUCGUUUGCGAAAGAAAAUGGUCGAAAUGAUACAACUACAGAAGAGGGCAAUGCCAGUUCUCCUACAAUCCUGGAAAGCAAUAUUCAUCAGCCCAAUUUACCUACUGCCCACAAUCCGCAUAAAUUUGAGUCAGGCAAAAUCUUUAAACCCAAAACGGAUGAAGAUAGGGAGCAAUUUAACGACUACUUCAAUGCGAAUUACCUAAGCAUCCCACAGAUCAAUGGCGACUACAAGUAUGUUGCUACACAGGCACCGUUACCUUCUACAAUAGACGACUUCUGGAAUGUGAUAAUAUUUAACAAGAUUCGCACUAUUAUAUCCCUGAACUCUGACAAUGAGCUGGAGAUGAGAAAGUGGGAUAUAUAUUGGAACAACAACGAUGAGAGGGAAUAUAUGAUAAAUGUUAUCGAGACUAUGAAGGAUAUAUGUGGUUUAAACGGGUGUACAUUGAGAGUCUUUCAAGUGUCCAAGAAGAAUUCAAGAAAAUAUCUACUUGUCUAUCAAUUGCAGUACACAAAAUGGCUAGACUCUUGCAGUAUUGACAUGGAAAGCAUUUUACAAUUGUUCAAAAUCAAGGACAAAUUACAGGACGAUCCUUUAAGGUUUCUGAAACAGUCAGAGCUCUCAACUUCCCUGAAUAUCGAAAAAAUGACUGAAUUGCAUACUUCAAUUGACAAUUACAGCGUCAGUCAGCCCAAAAAUGAAGAUUCAUUGAUAUUGAUCCACUGCUCUGCGGGAUGUGGCAGGACUGGGGUGUUCAUUACCUUGGACUUCUUAAUCAAUAUCCUUACUCCGACAAAAAACAAGUCUAACAGAGUCGACGUUUGGAACAUGAAAACAGAUUUUAUUUUCAUUAUUGUGAACGAGUUACGAAAACAGCGUCUAUCCAUGGUUCAAAAUUUAAGCCAGUACAUCACUUGCUACCAAUCAAUUUUGAAGUAUUUCGCUCUGCUCAAGGAUGAUCAGAUGCACAACAAUACUUCCAACAUAUAA